GUGUGCAAUUUCUAUUGUUGUUCCCUCGAUUACUCUGAAGAAACUUCAUCUUCCAACAAUGAAGAAGAAUGAGGAACGAAGCGGUAAUCACAAGAACAAGAAGAAACACAUAAUAAUGAAGAAGAAGAAGAACAUUUCGAGGUUGGGAGGAAGUGGGCUUUCUCUGGACGCUUUCGCCAAUGCGAAAUCCAAGAACAAUCAGUAUAACCCUGCUCUCAUAAAGAAGCAAAGGGAGUUCUAUAAGAACGCUAAGAAUGUGAAUAAGUUUAAGAAGUUGUUAAAGCAGCAAAACCAGCAAAAUGAUCCUUCCUUGGCCCAGAGACUUGUUAAGAAUGUGAAUGAAAGUGAAGAGGAUAUUGAAAAGAGUGAGAGGAGAAACAAGAAGAAUAGCGCCCUUAGUUUGGAAGAAUUGUACAAGAAGAAGCAUGAAGAGAAAAAGAAAGAAAGAAUGGAGAAAGAGGCAAUCCUUCAGGUUAAAAAGGAAGAGAGAGAACGUACUGAAGCACGGAGAAAGGCUAUGCGGGAAAAAAUGCUCAAGAAAACACGGAAAGGGCAGCCUGUAAUGAAAUACAGAAUUGAGCAUCUUUUGGAGACUAUUCAAGGUUCAACUAAAAAUGCAGCUGACAGUAAAUCCUGAGUAGCGGAUUAG